AUGAAACGCCCUGCUGCGAAGUUGGUUGCGAAGUCGGCUGCAAAGGCAAAGACGGGUCCAAAGGAGGCACCGCAAAAGGAUCUGUCACUUCGGAUCCUCUAUGUUGCUGGGGAGAUUUUGCAGCAGUGGCACCUGACCUGUCCCAAAACAUGGACCACCACCCAAGUGAAAGAUGCAGUGAAGAAUCAGCUGAAGGCCCAAGGAGACCUACAGAAACUGCUUCAUGUUGGAGGCGAGCUGAUUCCAGGUGGCAGUGUUCUGGAAGAGGUCGGACUACAGGAUGGCUCUGAAAUCUACGCCGUGCUUCAAAAGACUCGAGGAGCUCGCUGCGAUGUGGAGCCUGAAAGUGAAGAAGAUCAAGAUGACAGUGAGUACGAGCUGGACGAUGACUUGUAUGACAUGGACUACACCAGACCAGCCACAGGAGAGUGGGAUGCAUGCAUCCAUGGAUGUGGGAAUCGGGGCUGCGAGUACUACGGCGGUGAGUGCCGAAACUGCUACGAUGAGCAUUAG